AUGUUAACCAGUAAGUCUAUAGAGCUAGCGAAGAUUCUCCAGAAGAGGAAGGUCAAUAUAGCUUGUGUUCAGGAGACCAGGUGGGUAGGAUCGAAGGCGAGGAAUGCAGACAGAUUUAAAAUGUGUUACUCUGGACGCGUGAAGGGCAAGAACGGAGUGUGUAUUUUGGUGGACAGGGAGCUCAGGGUGUCAGUAGCUGAGGUUAGGCGGGUGGAUAACAUAUUGAUGGUGAUUAAGUUAGUAGUUGGAGGGAGCACUCUGAAUGUCAUUAGCGCAUACACGCCGCAAGCGGGCUUGGACGAGGAGAUAAAGAAGCACUUCUGGGAGGGGUUGGAUGAGGUGGUUUGGGGUAUUCCGUCAACGAAAAAGUUAUUUAUAGGAGGGGAUUUCAAUGGUCAUAUUGGGUCGUCGGCUGGGGGGUUAUGGCGAGGUGCACGGUGGUGUGAUAGGGGGUUAUGCGAGGAUUGUAAGGUGAUCCCGAGUGAGACCCUCACGGUUCAACAUAGGCUCCUGGUGAUGGAUGCUGGUAUCGUGAUAAAGAGGAAGAAGAGGUUUGUACAGGGUCAACCGAGGAUCACGUGGGGUGCUUUGGCUAAGGAUACCGCGCAUGAGUUGGAGGGGCAGCUGUUGGAUAUGGGUGCCUAG